UUAACUUGAAUUUCAACAGUCAAGCUAUGCGCCAGUAUGUGGGCUAUAUACCUGUACCUAUUCAUGUACUUUAGAAAUUGAUUUAUAUGAAUGUUUCACAGGUUUCCUCUAUUGGUACUAAAGAGAUGAGACUAGAAGAUGGCAGUGUCAUAUCCAUUCCAGAAGUGGUUAGAACAGUUUGGCACUCAACCCUGGUCAAAAUCUACCUGGCAUAUUGUGAAGAGACAGAGUUCAUUCCUCUUUCUAGAUCCACACUUUACCAUAUCCUGCGUGUAUGUCCUGCUUCAAGGCGUACAAACCUAAAAGGCCUUGACAACACAGCAGCAGAUGGGGGAAAUUCCUAUGAUGUGCUUUUAUCAACAGUUGCAGAGGUGGAAAAGUAUGCAACAGAUGGCUUAUUGCUAAUGGAAUUAAAAGAGUGUAAGGACUCUCUUGUAGCCAGUAGGAUUUACAUGAAGACAGAUUUUAAAAUGCACAUAAAACAGACUGACCACUGCGGUGAUCAUUGCAUAAACUAUGCUUUGAGUGAUCCACUUGAUAAUCAGUUUCAGCAAACCUGUAUUGACCAUCAACAUGAUGUUGCUUGUGACCGUUGUCAAUUACUCCCAACAGCAAUUUUGAAUUUGAAAGAAAUAUUGGACAAACUUGCAGAUCUUUCUCCAAACACCAAAGAAGAAAUGUUGGUGGACAUUGAAGCAGCAGAAGCUAAGAUUCUUGAGUGGAAAAGUCAUAUUGUAAGAACUAUCAAUCAAGACAAGGCAAGAACCCAAACACUGAAAGAUCUCCAGCCUGGUGAUAUUCUUCUCAUUAUGGACUGGGCCAUGAAAUUCUUACCGAUUACAUUCAGAGAAAAACAGAGCAACUGGUAUGGUCAGAAGGGCUUAAAUUGGCACGUAUCUGUGUGCAUUUACAAGGAUGAAGACUCAAAUUUAAAGCAUAGAACAUUUGCACAUGUGAUGGAUGGAGUGCGACAGGACUGGUUAGCAGUUGCAUGUCUCCUCGAGGACACACUUCAUCACAUCAAAGUUCAACUUCCAAAAACUACUAGGGCAUUCCUGAGAAGUGAUAAUGCUGGUUGCUACCACUGCGGCAACUUAUGGCUUGCCAUUCCAGGCAUUAGUAGGCGUACUGGUAUUUCCAUAGCCAGCUAUGACUACAGCGAGGCCCAAAGUGGGAAAUCUUAUUGUGAUGCCAAGAUUGCCCAUAUGAGAGGGAAGUUGAGUAAAGAAGCAGCAUCAGGCCAUAACAUCAUCACAGCUGCUGACAUAAAAUCAGCUAUAGACUUGCAUGGAGGAACGACUGGAUGCCAAGCUUCACAUGUUGAACUCCUUGAAAAACCCUCUCCUGCAGCCAAGUGUCCAAUAAAAGGCAUCACUAGAAUAUCAAAUGUGAAGUUUGGUGAAGGACUUAUAACAACUUGGCGAGCCUACAACAUUGGAAGGGGCAAAGAAUUCCCUAUUGAACAUGAAAACAAUGAUAUUGCAGAUUUAGAAAUAAAAUCAGGUUUUGUUUCGAGUCAUGGAGCAGAAGGGAACAUUCGGAAACCCACAGAUAGUAGAAAUGAUGUGAAUUCUGCAGUUGAUCAUUGCUUUCCUUGUCCUGAAGAAGGAUGUACUCAGACCUUUACUAGAUAUGGGGAUAUGCAAAACCAUUGUUUCCUUGGCAACCAUACUUAUAAACUUCAAGCAAUGUCCACUUAUGAUGAUAUCAAGAUGAGAUGGCGGAAUGCAUGUUCUUCAUUGUCAGAGGAUACCCUGAAACACGCUUCUAGUACUGGAGAGGAAGUCACAGAUCAAAGUUAUGUGCAGUCUGACAUGGGGUGGGCCUUGAAAAAAGACAGAAAAAAUGCUCGAUUUUCGGUUGAUCUGAAAUCCUAUUUGACUGACAUCUUCCAACAUGGAGAGAAUGGUGGAACAAAGGUGCACCCAUUUUUAGUUUCUCAGAAUAUGAGAGUGGCCAAGAACGAACGCGGGGAAAAAAGAUUCAACCCAAACCAAUAUUUGGCAGUUGGUCAGAUAUCUUCCUUUUUAGCUCACCUGAGCUGA